CGCCGUGAGCGCGCGUGCCCGACCGCAGUACGCGCGCUCUGUCCCGAGCGAGCGCUCCCCGCGGUGGCGGAGACGACGACGGCGGCGGCGGCGACGCGCCCCGCGCGCCUCUCCGGCCCUUGCCCCGGCUACGCGGGCCCCCGACGGGCCCAUGGGUGGCAGAACGGAGCGGACGCCCUGAGCGCGGCACCGGCGUCGGGGGCAACCCCAGGGCAAGCGAGAGCCAGGUCUGGCACCAUGCACUAGGGUACCUAGAACGCUGCAAGGCCACGCCCUCCUCACUUCAGGGGUCACUCUCCCCACUGCCUACCACCCCACCAUGGCUGGGGAUCGUCUCCCGAGGAAGGUGAUGGAUGCAAAGAAACUGGCCAGCCUGCUGCGUGGAGGACCUGGGGGCCCCUUGGUCAUCGACAGUCGAUCCUUCGUGGAGUAUAACAGCUGCCACGUGCUGAGCUCUGUGAAUAUCUGCUGUUCAAAGCUGGUGAAGCGGCGUCUUCAGCAGGGAAAAGUGACCAUUGCUGAGCUUAUCCAGCCUGCUACUCGAAGCCAGGUGGAUGCCACAGAACCACAGGAUGUGGUGGUGUAUGACCAGAGCACACGAGAUGCCAGCGUGCUGGCAGCAGACAGCUUCCUGUCCAUCCUGCUCAGCAAGCUGGACGGCUGCUUCGACAGCGUGGCCAUCCUCACAGGAGGCUUUGCCACCUUUUCCUCCUGCUUUCCUGGCCUCUGUGAGGGCAAACCUGCCACCCUACCAUCCAUGAGCCUCUCUCAGCCCUGCCUGCCUGUGCCCAGUGUUGGCCUGACCCGAAUCCUGCCUCACCUCUACCUGGGUUCUCAGAAAGAUGUCUUGAACAAGGAUCUGAUGACCCAAAACGGAAUAAGCUAUGUCCUCAAUGCCAGCAACUCCUGCCCUAAACCGGACUUCAUCUGUGAGAGCCGUUUCAUGCGUAUCCCCAUCAACGACAACUACUGUGAAAAGCUGCUGCCCUGGCUGGACAAGUCCAUUGAGUUUAUUGAUAAAGCCAAGCUGUCCAGCUGCCAAGUCAUUGUUCACUGUCUGGCUGGCAUCUCUCGCUCUGCCACCAUCGCCAUCGCGUACAUCAUGAAAACCAUGGGCAUGUCUUCUGACGAUGCAUACAGGUUUGUGAAGGAUCGGCGUCCCUCCAUCUCGCCCAAUUUCAACUUCCUGGGCCAGUUGCUGGAGUAUGAGAGGAGUCUGAAGCUGCUGGCUGCCCUGCAGAGUGAUGGACCUCACUUGGGGACCCCUGAGCCCCUCAUGGGCCCGGCAGCAGGCAUCCCACUGCCCCGGCUGCCACCAUCUACCUCAGAGAGCGCUGCCACCGGGAGCGAGGCAGCCACCGCAGCCAAGGAGGGCAGCCCGAGUGCUGGAGGGGAUGCUCUGAUCCCCAGCACAGCUCCAGCUACCAGCGCACUGCAGCAGGGCCUUCGUGGCCUACACCUCUCCUCUGACCGCCUCCAGGACACCAACCGCCUCAAGCGCUCCUUCUCCCUGGACAUCAAGUCGGCCUAUGCGCCCAGCAGGAGGCCCGACUUUCCCGGCCCACCCGACCCCGGAGAAGCCCCGAAGCUCUGCAAGCUGGACAGCCCGUCUGGGGGCACGCUGGGCCUGCCCUCGCCCAGCCCGGACAGCCCGGACUCCGUUCCAGAGUGUCGCCCACGACCUCGCCGGCGACGUCCCCCGGCCAGUUCUCCUGCCCGCUCCCCCGCGCACGGCCUGGGCCUGAACUUUGGAGACACGGCCCGGCAGACUCCGCGGCACGGCCUCUCGGCCCUGUCGGCGCCCGGGCUGCCUGGCCCUGGCCAGCCGGCUGGCCCCGGGGUCUGGGCGCCCCCACUGGACUCUCCAGGCACACCGUCGCCCGACGGACCCUGGUGCUUCAGCCCCGAGGGCGCGCAGGGUCCAGGCGCUGUGUUCUCCGCCUUUGGCCGGGCGAACGCAGGCGCACCUGGACCCGGGAGCAGCAGCAGCAGCGGAGGUGGCGGCGGUGGCGGCAGCAGCAGUAGCAGCAGCAGCGACCUGCGGCGGCGGGAUGUGCGGACCGGCUGGCCCGAGGAGCCUGCUGCAGAUUCACAGUUCAAGAGGCGCAGCUGCCAGAUGGAGUUCGAAGAGGGCAUGGUGGAGGGGCGGGCACGUGGCGAGGAGCUGGCAGCCCUGGGCAAGCAAACCAGCUUCUCUGGCAGUGUGGAGGUCAUCGAAGUAUCGUGACCCUUCAGGAGUCCUUGUGCCCUUGCUCCAGCCAGGCCAGGUAUAAAUAUAUAUUAUGUAUAAAACACACAGAAAAGGUAAAUGGUUUUACUGCAAUUUUUAUCAAGAAGUAAAUAUUUCGAUUUUUUUAUUUAUUUAAGCUAGUGAUCUGGCAACUGUGCGGGGCGGCCCUAAAGCUCUGUUUUUACUGUCUGGUAUUUAAACUGAAACAGGUUUCUAAGCAAUAUGAGGCCACCUUCAAUUCCAAGCUGGGUUGACAGGCCUGGGCCCCUCCUUGCCCUUCCCCUCUGGAAACAUUACUGACCUUUCAAAGAGCUGCCCAGCUUUCCUGCACUUUUUACAUAAGAAAAAGGGGGAAAAUGAAAAAAAAACAAAAACAAAAAAACAAAAAACCCAAACCCUUACUUGCCACAAACUGAGCCGCAGACCCCUCCCCUUUCCUUUUCCUCCUCUCCCUGUCUCUCCUGUGUCUCCUGUCUCUCCUGUCUCUCCUGUCUUGGGCUCUGCAGCAAAGCCAUAGGUAAGGGGAGGGGAAAACCCUAGUGUCCCUGCAGAAGGCCCACCAGCAGUGUCCCCACACCUCAAAUUGCCACGUCUUAGUGGCACAGGGAUACUUUCUCUGCUCUUCACCCCAGGGCGGUUACCUGGCAGGUGUUGGUGGACAGUAGGCCCAGUGGACCAGAGUUUUCAGGGAGACUUGGACAAGGGGGUUCCUGAAAGCCAGAUGAGGUAAGCUCCAAAGGCAAGGAUGGAGAACCUCACUCCUGUGAGAGUGAGGCCCAGUUUCUUAGAAGGGCCCAGGAGGCCAUUCAGAGGAAGUGUCUUGUCUCGAUUUUCAUUGCAGAUGCCCCAUGCCCAGUAGAUUCCCCCGGGAAUGUACUGGGGCAGUGUCCAAUGCCAGCAGGAGGAGCUAAGCUAGCUGGGGCUGGCAGGGGCCAUCUCUGCUGGUCAGAGGGGAGCUCUAGGCCCGGUAAGAAUGGGGGUAGAUUUAAGCUCUCAUUCUGGGCUCUUCCUGCCACAGGUAGGACCUGGGAUUCUACUGCACUUGCAGGCUGAGGGACCCCUGAAGCAGGUGGAAGUAGAGCACCUACCAAGCCCUUAGGCUUCCAGGAAGCAGAAAUCCUCAGCUUUAGGAGAACUGUCUCCAAAAGACCCCACCUAAGUACAGAUGCUGGGGAAGUCCUCCAUGACUGCUCCAUCCCCACAAGGGCUUCUCAGGAGAGAGUCCCUCUGUGUGCUCCCUCCCAGGCAGAGUACUUUACCAGUGUCUUCAAGACAAUAUGCUAGCCUCCACCCAAGGUGGCUUUUUUAGGCUCAGAGCCAAUCUACGAGAAGGACAAGGAGAAAAGUGCCAGCCACCCUUGCUGAAUAUCCUCUUGGACUAUUGGGGACCCAAAGUUUUGAGGCAGAAUAGGGGUUCUUGCCCUCAGAUGUCUUCAAGUCUUGGAGUGGGUCUGUCCUUUGAGGAAGAAGUCAGGGGCUUGUUAACAGGUAGCUGGGGCAGGACAGAGUCUUGGAGAAGACCUAGGGUGGCCUUUCUACCCCACCUCUCUUGCUGUGUCCUUCUGUCUUCUUUUGACCUGUUCCCUAUGUUCCUGUCACCCUCCUUCUUAAGCAAAAGUCCUGUCCCAGUUCUCUUGAUCCCACCCAUCCUGAUCCCUGAGAAAAUAAGCUAUUGUUGUAUUUGCAAUCUAUGGAUUAGAGGUUUAAGUAUUUAUUAUUAUUGGUUAAUUAUUAUUAUAAUUAUUAUUAUGUAAAUUUGCCUCCUGUCAUUGGAUUUCUGAGGUGACCCUGGGUAUGGAGGAUGCACUGGCUUCCCCUCCAUGCCCCCACUCUACUGCUGUCCAGGAGACAGUGGUAUGGGGCCACCAGUUGGACCCUAAAGCUCCCCCUUGGGUCUGGUCCCUCCCCUCUCUUGAUGGAGAUAUGACUUCUAUCCUGGACACACGGGGCCUAGUAGCCUCAGUCUGUCUUUGUUCUCACGCAUGACCCUGGUCUCCACAAAGUGAGCAGACAAGGUGGAGGAGGUCUCAGCUCCCCCCUCCUUUGUGUUGGGGGAGGUGGAGCACAGGCUUUCCCUGGUGGCUUUUCACCCACUGUCCAAGGUGUGGAGGGUAUAGAGUUCUCUCUUGCUCUCCCACCCCUCCUACUUGGUCACUGCCGGCACUGGAAUGGCCCAGAAUGCACCUGGCCUCCUCCUGUUGUCCAGUACAGGAGAGGUCCUUUGCCCAAGGCUUCCGGUCCCUGAGGACCAGGGUGCCAGCUUCCCCCUUGGGACCUUGCCCCAUGAGGCCGCACUUUCCUGUCCCUCCUUUUGUAUUUGAAACAAUGUGUUGUAAUAAAUCAUGAGACGGAUGUUUUCCCCAGG